AUGCCCCGAUCUCCUAAUUCUCCCUCUGCCUCCCACCCCCCAUCCCGUCACUCUACCCGGGCAAUCACUCCUGUUCGCGCAGAUACUAACUUCGUCCGCCCAAACAAUGAUUCUCGCAAAUCACUUCCCUCAACUUCGAUCGUCCCGGACUCGACCCAGAACGUCGUUCAAAAUAGCUCACAGGUAUCAAAGAAGCGGAAAAGGAGAGAUGAUGGUCUUGAUGUGGAUGAUGUAGAUGAUUAUUUUCACAAGCCAAGAUUCGCGGAGGACCUCUGGUGA